AUGAACUCCGUCUCUGUUAUCGUUUUCCUCCUCAGCGCACUUUCCGGAAGUGUCCAUGGUACUUUCUUGCCCGGCUCCUUCCAGCCUGCCACUCCCGUGACCGGCACUUACCAGCCCGUCACUGUCAGCGCUCCCACCCAGCAGUCGGGCACGUACACCCAGCAAUCCGGCACGUACAACCCCGUCUCCGUAACCCCUGGCACUGCUGGGUCCGGCACAUACCAGCCCGUCUCGUUCCAGCAUGAGUCUCAACAGUCCGGUAGCUACCAGCCCGUGUCGGUUAACCCAGGCACCCCCGGGUCCGGCACAUUCCAGCCCGUUUCUUUCCAGCCUGAGACGAAGCAGUCUGACACUUACCAGCCGGUAUCAAUCCACCCGGCUACUACGUCUGGCAACUUUCAGCCGAUCUCGGCGGAGACUCCUACCCAUCAAUCCGGUACCUUCCAGCCCGUGUCGAUUACCCCUGGCGCCCCCGGAACUGGCACUUAUCAGCCCGUCUCCUUCAGCCCUCCUACUCCGCAUUCCUCCACGUACCAGCCCUUUACAGUGACCCCCGGAACUGCCGGGUCCGGCACUUUCCAGCCAGUCACGGUUGCAGCUCCUACUACGCAGUCAGGCACCUAUCAGCCCGUCUCGUUCCAGGCUUCCUCCGGGUCGGCAACCUACACGCCCGUCACCUUCCAGCCUGGCACUCAACCCGCCGUGACAACCCAGCCAGACAACCAUCUGCCAAGCGCGUUCAUCCCGACCCCCUCGAGCGCGGCCCGUCGAAGAAUCAGGUCGAUCGCUUUCGCCCCAGACUCGGACGAAGCUAAAUGUCCGGCCCCGUUGACUGCCUGUGCGAUUCCCUCCAAGAAAUCGGGCAUGUCUUCCUCCAGUAACGACUCGUGGGAAUGUCUUAACCUCCAAGAGGAGCUUACCUCUUGUGGAAGCUGUAACAACAACUGUAUGGAUAUCCCCAAUGCUGUCAGUGUGGGCUGUCAAAUUGGCUCGUGCAAGAUCUUUUCCUGCGCUGCUGGUUACACCUUGCAUCAACGAAUGGAUAGCCAAAGCGGAAAGAUGGCUGAUGCUUGCAUGUAA